AAAAUAGUCUAGUUCAUUGAUCGUUCCUCUCAGCUCUCGAGAAGGAAAGUGGCGCCGAUUUCAAAAACAGUUUUCAGAGAUUAAUUCAAAAAUGUCCUUAAACAUGGGUGAAAAAACAUCAGAAGAUCAAAAGUAUAAGGAGUUCAUGAUGAAUACAUAUUCAAUACGACUUGCAUCAUUUGUUGAUUGGCCAUUUACAGAGGAUUGUUCCUGCACACCAGCGAAGAUGGCUGCUGCAGGGUUCUAUCAUUGUCCAACAGAUCAAGAACCAGAUGCUGUCAAAUGUUUUAUGUGUCAAAAGGAACUUGAUGGCUGGGAGCCUAAUGAUGACCCAAUGUCCGAACACAAGAGGCAUUCACCCAACUGUGCCCUUAUCAACUUGAAAAAGGACAUUGAGGAUAAGACCAUGGAAGAAUUUUUAAAGUUGGAAUGUAUACGACAGAAAAAUAAGUUGAUGAAAGUUGCAGAGACGGCUAUGAAGGAAUUUGAACAUCAAGCUGCAAAGACCAGAGAACAGCUGGAACUUUUAGCAAAGAAUUUAUAGAAAAAAAGAAAAAUCAAGAUCUGAAAAAACAUGAAAUGUGGCAAAGACAAGCCAAACCAGUCACUAGUUGCAAAAAUCAAUUUUUAGUUAUUAAUACAGGGUUAAACAGUAAAAUGAGAGUUAUAAAAUGGUAAAAGAGUCAUUUAAACCAACAUUUCCUUUACUUAUAAGUGUUUAAACAUACAACUGUUUAACAAACAAUAUUUGAGAAAUUUGAGUUUAUGAUUCUAGGAAUUUCUCAGGCAGAAACCAUCACCAAAUCAUUGUUGUUUUAACAUUGACAAUAGGCAAAAUAGCAACAUAGCGUGAUGUUAGUUAUAUAACGGUUAGUUUAGUGCAAUAAAACAGAUUAAAGAAAUUCUGACACUGCGACAAGUGACUGGUUUCGUUUGUCUUUGCCACAAAUGAUGAUCACAAGCUCCUGUCUACUGAGAUUUAAAAUAUUUCAUGGGCGUCGAUUGGGUUUGCGGCAAAUUAGUUCCAUUAUGUGGGUUAAAAUACUAAAAAUGACCAUUAAGUUUUCAUUAGAAUAGGGAUUUAGUUCCGUAUUCUGAAACUUUGUUCCACAUUCUCAUCUUUCACACCCCCAGCCUGGGUGUCAAAUCAAUUUCUUACAUUAUUCAGUGUAAAUUGUGUAUACUGUACUCUUUUAUUUGUAAUAUAUUAAAUUGAUAAUGUAAUGCAGUGUAUUGUUUUGUAGGCCCAGCGCCAAAGAUAUGCAAAUACCAAACUGAAUCAGUAAGUGGUGUAUCCCAUCGCAAGACAAACGUACAAAUAAGAUGCUUUA